UAAAAGCAGAGCCCUUAAUUCCAUCUUCAUUUCUGCACCUGAGCGCUGACAGGAGCUGAACUCUUGAAACUCUUCAGCUGAGAGAUUCGUUGAAAAGUGAAAACCCUGAAUGAAAUAAACAACUGUAGACAUCUGGAAGUGAGACAGCACCUGUUGAAUGUGGAAAAAAUGGCCUCUACUGGCUCAGGCCGUGAGAUCCACUUGCUGACCACAGGCAUCCUCCGUUUGGAUUGCCGCUAUGGUGACCUGCCACUGCCUUCACCAAUCCUUCAGAUGUUUGUAACAAACUUGAGGAACCGUCCUGUGAGCAGCGUAAACAUAGAGUCCAUGAGAGAGUCCAUCCUGAGGCUGUAUCACAACCUCAUCACAGGCUCUAAGAAGUUCCCUUUCAUUGCAUACAGAGGAUCUUUCCGCUCGUGUGUGCUGUCAACACCCUUCCAACAUAUCGAGCAGGAGCGGAGGGAGAAUACUGCUCUGUCUCCUCUAAUGGAAGGACCAUCAGGUAUAAUGGCGCCCACUGCACGCUCCGGCUCUUCUCCUCAAACUGUGCUGACUCCAGUUCUUCCUGAGAAGGCCGAUCUUGCAGCCGUGAGGGGCGACCGCAGAAACUGCGUCCACCACCUGGAGCUGGAUGGCAGAACCAUCACCAGAGUCAUCUCCCCUGUGUACAGCUCUGAGAACACGGAGCUGAUGAACCGCUGGAGACUGACCGACUACACUGCAGACGGCCACACUCUCAUGUCAGUCCUCUGCAGGUUUACCAAACAAUCAACACAGUGUGCAAAGACUCAGAGGGAGAGGAUGAAGAGGAAGGCUGCUGAAGAAGAGAGCAGCAGCAGUAGCAGCAGCAGCAGCCUGACUCCACCAAAGAAACGCCUGAGAGUGUGACAUCACAAGCACAAACCAGGACAUCCAGCAGUUCCUGGAGGACCUGGAGACUCCUGGCUCUGCAGAUUAUUUAGUGUGUUGUACGUGAUGUUUGUGACCUCAGCGUCUGGCAGGUUAACAGUAGUGAUUCUUUUUACCCCUGAGGACUGUCCUGAGUGUCUAGCAGGGCUGCUCACACCCAGGUAGCGUCUUGCACCUGGUUUUAUGGACUGUAUAUACUCAUGAAGUGCUGGUCUGUGCGUCUGGCAGGGCUGGUCUGGAUAACCCAGGUAGCGUCUUGCACCGGGUUGGAUGGACUGUAUAUAUUCAUGAAGGGCUGGUCUGUGCGUCUGGCAGGGCUGGUCUGGAUAACCCAGGUAGCGUCUUGCACCGGGUUGGAUGGACUGUAUAUACUCAUGCAGGGCUGGUCUGUGCGUCUGGCAGGGCUGGUCUGGAUAACCCAGGUAGCGUCUUGCACCGGGUUGGAUGGACUGUAUAUACUCAUGAAGGGCUGGUCUGUGCGUCUGGCAGGGCUGGUCUGGAUAACCCAGGUAGCGUCUUGCACCGGGUUGGAUGGACUGUAUAUACUCAUGCAGGGCUGGUCUGUGCGUCUGGCAGGGCUGGUCUGGAUAACCCAGGUAGCGUCUUGCACCGGGUUGGAUGGACUGUAUAUACUCAUGAAGGGCUGGUCUGUGCGUCUGGCAGGGCUGGUCUGGAUAACCCAGGUAGCGUCUUGCACCGGGUUGGAUGGACUGUAUAUACUCAUGCAGGGCUGGUCUGUGCGUCUGGCAGGGCUGGUCUGGAUAACCCAGGUAGCGUCUUGCACCGGGUUGGAUGGACUGUAUAUACUCAUGCAGGGCUGGUCUGUGCGUCUGGCAGGGCUGGUCUGGAUAACCCAGGUAGCGUCUUGCACCGGGUUGGAUGGACUGUAUAUACUCAUGCAGGGCUGGUCUGUGCGUCUGGCAGGGCUGGUCUGGAUAACCCAGGUAGCGUCUUGCACCGGGUUGGAUGGACUGUAUAUACUCAUGCAGGGCUGGUCUGUGCGUCUGGCAGGGCUGGUCUGGAUAACCCAGGUAGCGUCUUGCACCUGAUUUUAUGGACUGUAUAUACUCAUGAAGGGCUGGUCUGUGCGUCUGGCAGGGCUGGUCUGGAUAACCCAGGUAGCGUCUUGCACCUGGUUUUAUGGACUGUAUAUACUCAUGCAGGGCUGGUCUGUGCGUCUGGCAGGGCUGGUCUGGAUAACCCAGGUAGCGUCUUGCACUGCGGUUCAUCCACCUUUUUAUCCUCAUCCAUCUUUUUGGGCUGGCCUGAGCGUCUGGCAGGGCUGGUGAGGCCCCUGGUAGCGUCUUGCACCAGGGCCCAUGCAGACAUGCUGCAACACAUGUAGGAUAAAGUUGGCUGAGGGUUAAAUAUUGUACAUUUGUAUAUAUUUGCUUCACUAUGGUUUGGUACACAGGUCAGUGAUUUUAGUGCGUCUUGCACAUUUCUUUAUUGACGGCUGGCCUGAGUGUCUGACAUGGUGGAACCACAGGAGAGUCACAGAGAACUCUGAGAUGUGACAUAUCUUGAAUUGAAAUUUGAUGAAGUGGAAACUCUAAAUUAAUGAGGCUGACUCAUCAGUAGGUCAGGUCUAGCUUCAGAUUUCAGUGUGAGCGAGGAACAGGAAUCACAACAGAGAGCUGCACUACUGAUCCAUCACUGACAGACAUGUGGACGAGGAAGAACAGGCUGAUAGAAGAAGAGAGAGAGGACACAAACCACUGAUGAUAUGAACCUUUCCUGAAAUUCCAGUAUUUCAAUUUAUUAUUAGAAUCAACAUAUUGAUGAAUACUUCAGUUUAUCAACUUUAUGUCUGAGGAGAGGAACAUGAGGAGGAAACAAGAAGCAGCGAGGAGACAGCAUGCAGUGUGAAGCCUCUCAUCUCAAAAAGAUAAAUAUACAUUUAUUCAGUUUUUAUCAGCAUUUCUAUAAUGAUCAAUAUGUCUUCUGUUUACCUCAUUACUGAAUUAUUAACUGUUAUCCCCUGUUGUCUGCCAUUUGUCUUUCAGAGAGAGAAAAGAGGAGGGAAACAACAUGUGAACUCUGAUUAAAAAAGAUAAAUAUACAUUUUAUUUAUGCUAUUAUUAUAGUUCACAUAGUGAUCAAUAUUUCUUCUGGUUGCUGAAGUUGUUCAUUAACUGUUAUCUCCACUUGUCUGCCAUUUGUCUUUUAGAGAGAGGAGAGGAAACGACACGAAAUGGAAACAAGACCAGACGAGAGAAAACAUUAUAGAGGGGAGAGGAGACCUCAUGCACUGUGAACACUCUCAUUUAAAAAGAUAAAUAUACAUUUAUUCUAAAUUAUCAGAUUUCUAUACUGAUCAAAACUUACUCUGCUUCAGCCAUUCAAGUUAUUAACUGCUUCUGUUUAUCUGUUGUUUGACUUUUAGAGAGAGAAGAGAAGAGGACGAGGGGAGAAGAAAGGAGACCUCAUGCACUGUGAACCCUCUUAUUAACAAAGAGAAGAGAGGACAGCAGACAGCAUACAUUACUAAGAUUCUUAUUUAAAAAGAUAUGUAUACAUUUCUUCUAUAUUUCAAUCAGAAUUUCUACACUGAUCAAUAGUUCUUCUGUUUAGUUAAAGUUAACUGCUCCUUGUCUUUUAGAGAGAGGAGAGGAAACGAUUUGAGGAGGAAACAAGAAAAAGACAAAAGGAGACAACAUUUAAAAAGAUAAGUUUCAUGUUAUUAUCAGAAUCAAUAUGUUGUUAAACACUUCAUCUGCUCACCAGGUUGUUGAGGUUAUUAACUGUUUUCCCUCCUUGUCUUUCUUUAUCUAUUUCCAGUGAGGACGAACUCCAGAUGUUUCCUCAUCUGCUGCAGCAUCAUCAAGACAGUUUCUGUCCUGAAGAUCAUCCUGUCUGCCAUCACACACAGAUCCAGCUGGACUCCACGUCUCAACACAGUCUGCAACUUUACAAAGUGUUACAACUGCUUUUGUCAUGUCUUACAUGGAAGCAUCAAACAUCAUCCACAAGAAGUUCUUUACACCCCUUUGGAUACAUUUACAUUUUGUUCAACCCCUUAAAAGAUAGAAACAUUGUUUCAUCUUUUUAUUAUUAUCAAGAAAUACCAUGAAAUGCCAUAAAUCAACAAUAAAUUUGUCUGUGUAGCCAAAUGAACAUCCUUCAUGUGUUGCUUUUUGUCUUUAAUAAACAUGUUUUCACAUGAA